UGCCAGUGCGCGCCGGCCUGGCGCGGUCAGAACUGCAGCCGCACGGCCGACCCGUGCACCGCUGACGGGGUGGACUGCGGCAAGGGGUUUCAGUGCUCCAGGAACACCUCGUCCCCUGUCGGCUACAGCUGCAACUGCGCCAGCAAGCCGGGCUGGAGACAACACUCGGCGCAGUCUCCGCGCUGUGUACUGUACGACGCCUGUCUGGCUGGCCAGCCGUGUGAGAACGGCGCCCCCUGCACUCCGGCUCCGGCCGGCGGCUUCACCUGCAAGUGCGGUGCCGCCUGGUCCGGCCCGGCCUGCAACGAGCCCAGGGACGUCUGCCAGACCGGCGAUGGCCGCUCUUUGUGCGGCGCCGAGUGGACCUGCGAACGAGACACCAGCCGGCCGGCCGGCUACAGCUGCGGCUGCCACAAGAAGCCCGGCUGGAAGACCGUCUCAGCCAGCGAGCCACAGUGCGAGGUAGCCGACCCGUGCGUGGCACUGCAGCCCUGCCGCAACGGUGCCACUUGCCUGGCCACGGCCAGCGACGCGUACCGCUGCUCGUGCCCGCCGGCCUGGACAGGCGCCGCCUGCGACCAGCCGCUGGAUCCGUGCACGGCGGCGCCCUGCGGUGACGGCUUCCAGUGCCAGCGCGACCCAACCGCGCCGGCCGGCUUCGUCUGCAGCUGCGACGCCAAGCCCGGCUGGGACGCCCGAGCCCCGGACGACCCGCGCUGCGUGGUGCGGGACCAGUGCCUGGCCUCCAGCCCGUGCCAGAACGGCGGUACCUGCCUGCAGGGCACGGCGCGCGAGUUCCAGUGCAACUGCGCGCGCGCCUGGGGCGGCGCCCGGUGCGAUCAGCCGCGCGACCCGUGCGAGUCGCAGCAGACAGUGUGCGGCGUGGGGAGGACCUCGGAGGACCCCACCUGCGUAGUGGACGACAUCUGUCUGGCGCGCGCGCCCUGCCUUAACGACGGUGCCUGCACGAGCCUGAAGGACGGCCGCUUCCAGUGCACGUGUCGCGGCCUCUGGAAGGGCGCCACGUGCGCUGAGCCGCGCCACCCGUGCCGCGAGCGCGCGCGCUGUGGCCGCCUUUUCACGUGCCAGCUGGCGCCGCACUCGCUGGCCGGCUACACGUGCAGCUGCGAUGCCGUGCCCGGCUACUCGGCCAAGUCGGAGGCUGACCCGCGGUGUGAGGUGACGGACGUGUGCCUGCAGCGCUCGCCCUGCCAGAACGGCGGCUCCUGCGAGAGCCUGCCCGGUCUGAGGUACAGGUGCGCCUGCCCGCCCGCCUGGAAGGGCGACAACUGCCAGACGCCGGCCAGUCCGUGCGAGAGCCCGGUGGAGCUGUGCGCCGGCGCCGUCGGCACCUGCCAGAGGAAUCCCAACAGCCCGCUCGGUUUCUCCUGUGGCUGCGGCCAGACGCCCGGCUGGGAGGCCAGCUCAGAUGACGAUCCGCACUGCGUCCUGGCCGACGAGUGUCUCGCCAAUGACCCGUGCAAGAACGGCGCCACGUGCACGGCGCAGCCACGAGCCGGCUACACGUGCUCGUGCCAGCCAGCGUGGACGGGUGCCACGUGCGAGGAACCCAGCAGCCCGUGUGAAUCUGGCAGCGACCUGUGCGGUGCCGAGUUCGCGUGCGCGCGAGAUGCAGAGUCGGCACUGGGCUACAGCUGCGGGUGUGAGGCUCGGCCCGGCUACCGGGCGACGUCAG